GAGUAGCAGUAAAGUUCCGCGAAUCAUUGUUUUUCUGCCAGUUAUCCAAUAACGCAAAGCGAUUCGCGAGCUGUGAUUGUUUAAGAUUGGCGAAGGCCGACAAUAUUUUGUAAUUGGACGACUAGCAGUUGGAAAUUAAACUCCUGCUCGCGGGUGAACAAUCGUCGCCUUGAACUGAAUCGUGCCACCAUUUGUUUUGUCUGUCAAAAAUCUUUACAAUUUGUAUAGUCAUAGUGGUCGUCGAUCGUCGUGUGCGGAAGAAAAGUGGCAACGAAGGGUGUUGGUUAGAUAAGGGAACCUUUUCGCCAGAAUCCGACAUCGUCCGCUUUAGAAAGGCCAUGAGAUUGUUUUGUGCUGAACAAAAGUGCUGAUUUGACUUGCUUGGUCGCACGUUGGUUGAGGGCUACCCACUGUUUGGCGGACAGAUUCUUGUGAGACUCAGCAGAGACCGACCGAUCGAAAAGCUUUCGCGCUGGGUGAGCUAAAUCUACGUCAGGUGUUGCCGAUUUUGUUAGCACUUUUAGCCAACUUGGAGGAAGCUAGCAGAAUUUGGGCGAAGAUUCGCAAGAAGAUGGACGGCAGUAGUAUUGGGGGCGGUGUUAGCACCGCAGCAGGCGGGAGUGGUAGCGGAAACGGUUCUGAGGGUGCUUCCGGGAGUGGAGGAGCGCGAAGUUUGCGUGACAGUGACGACAGUGGGGAUGAGAACGGUUUGGAAGGGUUCAAUGGGCGACAACCACGGAUGAUGGAGCUGCAGCGGAACGCGUCGGCUCCCAGUGGGAGUGGUCGCAAAAAGACUUGGUCCGAGCUGAAGUCGAUAGUUAACGAUAUGCGGCGACAGAUGUCUUCGAUGGCAAGCAUGUUUCCGAUGAGUGUAAAUUUUCGCACCCUGUCGGAUGGUAGGACACGGGUUUAUUUCCUCAGCUCGCCAUCGAACGGAUGGGACACGGUGUUGUUCUACACGGAUGUGCCAGCAAGUGAGACGGACAAUUGUGCACCGAUGCGUCUAGAGUGGCAUCCUGUGUUGGAGCCAAUUGCGACACAUCUGUCCACGAACAAUUCUCGUGAAGUGCAGCUGCUUUUGGAAAGGAAACGUCUUUCCAUCUGGGGUAUCACUUCUUACGAGCUGCACAAAGCAAGUGGCAAAAUAGUCUUCCCUGCGUGCAAUACGCUUUAUCAGUGUUUGGACACGGGUUACGGCGAAGGAACACUGUUUCCGUCGGAACUUCGCAUUUUUCAACGCUCAGCAGCUAUAGAUCCGCAGAUUUGCCCGCAGAAUUCGGAUUUGCUGGCGUAUGUAUGCAAUGGAGAUAUUUGGGUUGUUCAUACUGUCAGCGGACACAGCGAACGAUUGACCUUUGCACACGAUGGACGUAGAUCGUUUGCGGAGGAUCCUCUUACCGCUGGGGUUCCGUCCUACGUCAUGCAGGAAGAGUUUAGUCGCUAUCAGGGCUUCUGGUGGCAGCCGAGCAGCGACGACGAGGUCUAUCGCAUAGUGUACGAGGAGGUUGAUGAAAGCGACGUCAGCUUGUACACUUUUCCGUCAUCGCAAUCCGUCGGUGGAGAUUACGAGGAGUAUCGCUUCCCGCGAGCUGGAACGCCAAAUGCGAAAUCAAAACUUAAAUUGGUGCAAUUCCGUCUGUCGGAAUCGUUGAAAAUCACCGAUGCCUGCAUCAAGGAGCUACAGUGUCCACUGAACUACGCGUUUCCGUGGUUGGAAUACGUGGUUAGAGUUGGCUGGACCCCGGACUCGAAUUAUGUAUGGGCUCAGCUUGUCGAUAGGGUGCAACAGCGCCUGGAUUUGGUGCUGAUUCCGUUGGAUAAUUUUUGUGAGCUAUACAGCAACUCAUCGCCGUCUCCGUCAGCGGCUGGCGGAGCAUCCGCCGAAGACUCUAAGCCCUCCUCAUCGUCGUCCAUCCUUGAGUCUUCCACCAACGAUUACUGGAAAUCGCCAUUGGCUCGAUUGACACGCCCCAUGCAGGUGCUAUACUCAGAAACCUCCAGCAAUUGGGUUAACGUGCACGACGUGCUGCACUUUCUCGAAAUCACUGACGAUCGGGUUGUGUUCCUGUGGGCAUCGGAGGAAACCGACUUUCGGCAUCUGUACUUGGUAACAUCUAGUCUUGCCACGCAUGGCAUCAGCAUCAACACGACCACUGCUAGCGGCGGCAGCAUUGCUAGCAACGGUAGCAAUAGUAGAAAUAAUUACAACAUCGACAAUAGCAGUCAUAACCACUGCCAUCAUCACAACGACGGUUCCCCGCGCCCGAAGGGAACUGACACCAACCAUCACCAUCGUCAACAUCACCAUCAGCACCAGCAGCAGCAACAUCCAGCGGCUAGUCGAAGUACUUCAACCCCGGCAGCGGUUUACUUUGAUGGGUGUGGAACACUCGAACCUCGGGUGGUCAAUAAGAUAGCGUUAACAUCCGGCGACUGGGAAGUUCUUGGUCGCAACGUGUGGGUAGACAAACGAAACCAGCUGGUAUACUUCAUGGGACUUCGCCAGACCCCCCUGGAGAAGCACCUGUACGUCGUCAGCUUACUCAAACCAAACUGGCUCCGAUUGCUCACCAACCCCGGUUGCUCCUUUACCGUAGAAUUUAAUGACGAUUGUACAAUGUUCCUACAGACGUACUGCAACAUCCAAACACUGCCCUCGUGGGAACUGGUACACAUUAAGCAGACCUGUGCGAACGGAAACGUCGCCGGACUGGAACUGACCUCGAUGGGAUACUUGUUCGAGGGUGGUCCCUCGGAAAAUACUCAAUUCAAUCCGACCAUCUACAGUCCCCGGUUGGCUUCGGGGGAGGCCAUCUACGCCAUGGUAUUUAAACCGCACAAUUUCACGCUUGGCGUGAAGUAUCCGACGGUGCUGAACGUUUACGGCGGUCCGGAGGUGCAAACUGUGAGCAAUACGUUUAAGGGAAUGAGACAGCUGCGGAUGCACAUGCUGGCCGCUCAAGGCUAUUGCGUGGUUUGUGUCGAUUCGCGAGGAUCGCGCCACCGCGGGGUUCAAUUCGAGAGCCACAUUCGCUGUCGCAUGGGAACGGUCGAAUUGGCUGAUCAAGUGGAAGUGUUAAAGCUACUGGCCGAACAGCUGGGUUACAUCGACAUGGAUCGUGUAGCGAUACACGGCUGGUCUUACGGAGGAUAUUUGAGUCUGAUGGGUUUGGUGCAGUAUCCGGAAAUCUUCAAACUGUCCAUUGCGGGUGCCCCGGUCACAAGCUGGGAGUAUUACGAUACGGGUUACACUGAGCGGUAUAUGGAUCUUCCUGACAACAACCGGUCUGGCUAUACCGCCGGUUCGGUCCUCAACUACAUUCACAAAUUUCCGGAUGAGGAUAACCGUCUUCUGAUCAUCCACGGUCUUAUCGAUGAGAACGUUCACUUCUUCCACACAUCACAGCUGGUGAAUGGGCUGAUCAAAGCCAACAAACCGUACCAGCUGCAGGUCUACCCAAAUGAACGCCACUCUUUGCGCAAUCUGGAAGCAAGUAAACACUACGAAACGAAACUGCUUUCCUUCCUGCAGAAUCAUCUGUGAAACCAUUUCCGUAUGCUGUUCCACCCCGACCCCGACCCCGAUCCAGUUCCUUUCUCCCUUUGCUCAAAUCUCACGUGCUUCGCUCUUGUCCAUAUAUAAUCCGUUUCCUGGUAUGACCCCCGUCCAGGGAACAUCGCUUGUGUCAUAGCAUAUAGGUAGAAGUUUACGCUCCGCGAUUACCGGUAAGCAAUCUGUUGUUCUGUUUUAUGCUCCUGUUCCGAGUUCGGUACGGUUUGGUUGAAAGGGAGAAACUUGCACACCUUCCGCAGUGAGUGUCCCGAAGAGAGAAAACGUAAAGCAUGCAGUCACUAGGUUUAGGCUACAGUUACGUGUUUGUUCCUUAGCUCUAGAAAUUCGUUCAUCUUCAGACUGUUUUAUCUGUUGUGUUACUAGUGGACGGAGUAGGUACGCGUUUAUGUUGCUUCACUUAUUCACACAAGCAAACGGUUAUCAGUGCAACAAUAUUAAUUGAGAGGCCAAAAUCUACUCUAGGCGGCAAAACAUCGCUUGAAAGUUUUGUUUCUACUCGACAGCUCUUUAGCAUCACAUUAUAGACUGUUAGUGACCGCGUUUGUAGCGAACAAUAUUGAUUAAGAUGAAUAUAGCUAUUUUUUAAUGAGUUGUGUUUGCGCAGUGGCAGCAACGGAUUGUUUGUUUGUUUGUUUGUUUUUUAUUGACGAUUUUAAAUUUUUACGUUAAUUGAAAGUCAAUCAAAAUGUUAGGCAAAGGAUGUUUGCCUUUUAAUUAAUUUUCGUACUGAAAGUAUAUUUUUCUAUCGAUGAAACAAUAAAUUGUACUGUAGGAGAAGCCAAGCAGAGUAGCAGAAAUGAAAGCCUUAUUAAGGUUGGUGCAAGAUUGAAACCUUUCUGCCGAGAUCGAUAGAGCAAAAAAAUAUAUUUAUU